CCAGGAAGAGAUCUGUAAACAGAAACAUGACUUCACCUUACUGUGUAGUAACUUUGGCCUUUUUGUUUUCAUGGAAACGUUGAUACAGUUUUUAUCAUUAUGUUAGAGCCACUAGACUCGUGUAGUUGCUUUACGGGCCACGUGUUUCACUGAAGGAAACGUUUCAGAUCGGCAGUCAUUACAAUGAUCAGACACGCGCUGCACGCGGGCAGGCGAGCCCUCUGUCCCGGCCUGCGCUGCUUCUCAGGGACUUCCGGCGGAGAAAUAAUUGCAGAUUUAUUUGAACGGACAGACCCUGCACAUCUCACAAAGCAAGCGUCUCUCUACGUGCACUGGCCUUACUGUCUCAGACGAUGUUCCUAUUGCAACUUUAACAAGUAUAUACCUAAAGAGAACAAUGACCACAUGAUGACUGAGUGCCUUCAAAGAGAGACGGAGACAUUGCUGCAGCUCAGUCAGGUAUCAUGCAUUACUUCAGUAUUUUUUGGUGGCGGGACUCCAAGCCUGGCUCCCCCCUCAACCAUUGCUGCAGUCCUUGAAACAGUUUCCAGGCAGGCGUAUCUCCCAGAUAAAGCAGAGGUCACGCUUGAGGUCAACCCUACUCCUGUGGGAAAGUCGAGGUUAGAGGACUACUGCUGUGCAGGGGUGAACCGUUUCUCCAUCGGCGUGCAGUCUUUACAAGAUGAAGAUUUAAAGAUUUUGGGAAGAGACCACAGCCCUCAUCAGACUUUGCAGACUAUCGAAGAGGCCAGGAGGCUGUGUCCCGGGAGGGUUUCUGUUGAUGUCAUGUUUGGUCGGCCAAAACAGAGCGUUGAAUCCUGGGAAAAUGAGUUGUCUGAGCUGCUGAGGGUGUCCGAUGACCACGUGUCUCUAUACCAGCUGACCUUGGAGCGAGGCACCCAGCUGUUCAAACAGGUGCAAAGAGGAGAGGUGACUGUGCCCGCUGAGGACGUGACAGCGGAAAUGUACCAGUGUGCCAGGAGGACUCUCCACCAGCAGGGCUUUGUGCAGUACGAGGUGUCCAACUUUGCCAGACAUAACGCCGUGAGUCAUCACAAUAUGAGUUACUGGAGAGGGAGUCAGUACAUCGGGGUCGGCCCAGGAGCACAUGGCCGAUUUGUUCCUGUCGGCGAGGGAGGUGUCGUUCGGGAGGCGCGGACCCAGACUCUAGAGCCUGACGUCUGGAUCCGCGAAGUCCAGCAGAGGGGACACGGGACACGGAGGCGGAUACAACUCAGCCAUCUUGAACUGUUGGAGGAGGUGUUGGUGAUGGGACUGAGAAUGACCGAGGGCAUUUAUCACAAGCACUGGGGGAUCUUUAGCCCUCAACUUGGCCUCCAUGACGUCUUUGGGAAAUCCAGCGACGUCCAAGAGUUGCUACAGAGCGGACAACUCAUUCUUGAUGACAGAGGCCUGCGCUGCUCCUGGGAUGGACUGGCCUUACUGGACAGCAUGCUACCAGCUCUACUGGUGGAGCUGGAAAGACAAAUCAGUCAGAGGUCACAAAGGGACCAUCACUGUGCUGAUGGACCAACAAAGAGGACCUCCAACCCACGAUGACAGUAAUGUUAAUAGAGCACAUCUCUAUAGAAAAGGUUUGUUGGUAAGGCUGAGAGUAAAUAUAAAACAUAUCCUGUAAGUGGCAGCUAUCUAUAGGCAAAUUUGACUUAUUUAUAUUUUAUCUUCAAUAUUGAAAUGCAUUAUUUAAAGAGAUCAGUUCAUUUUUUUUAAAUACAGGGUAAUACGAGACUGUUAUGCAUAGUCAUUGUAUUACAUUAUGUUACUCAGCACACCCUCAGUUUAUAGGAGCUGGCUGGAAUACCAACAAGAGAUCUUGUAUGAGAGGAAAUAAAUCAAAAACACACAUGCUGAAUGCACUGUCACUUUCUAAUAGGAGCUAAAACAAAAGAAACAAAACAUUUGAAUUUUGAAUUUUUGUGUCCAUGCAACCAUCACACAGUGUCCUCCUAACGGUGGCUACAUAAAACAAUACGUGCCUGCAAAGCCGGACAUAACUGUACAUGUGGGAUUUUGAUCACGACGCUCUGUCAUAACUGCACCUCACUCUCUGCUCUAUGAUUCAGGAAUGAUGAGUCCUCUUCAGUAUCGUCAGCCUCGGUAACUGCCGUCGGAUUUUAUUUAGGUGUUUGAAAAUGCUGUUAACAUCAGUAUGAUGGCGUAAAUCGUUACCUUUGCUUUACAAAAUGCUUUCAUUUGCGUCAAUAAGUUUGGCAUUUGAGAGAGGAGUUUUUAUAAAGAGAACAGAGUGAAGGACAUACCAACUUCAAAGUACUGAACAUUAACAUCCAAGCAGCACCAAGUAUUUGUUGCUUCAGUGCAGGGAACUCAAUAACAGUGGUCCCAUCUGACCAUCCUUUUCACAAACCAAGGCCACUCUGAAUCAGCAGCCCACACAACCAUUUCUUCUCAGAAACCUGAAGAGUGGGUUGUAAGAAAGAAAAGGCUAUAAAUUGAUUUUGUCCUCGGCAGCAGAGCGGAGCCUGGUGUGGGCUCUCUCCAUGGUGCUGAUUUCACUGAGUUCAAUGUGUCUCUCACCUCCCCCUCUUCAGUAGAUGAUGCUCCUACUCUUUGUGUUUCGAAACACCAUGGUGACACAUGAGUGUGUAGGCUAUUAGCACUGAUUAACCAAGCAGUGUAACACCUCGACCCUUAAUGCCAUUCACAACAUCGUGGGAGGAUUUCAAAUGUGAACAGUCUCGGGUGUCUCGUAACAAACAGGAGAUGUUUAAGGUCGGUGUGAGUCAUCUCCUUCCUCCCACACACUUAUGGUCAUGUUUUGUGCCAUCACUGAGUACAAUUGAUUGCUGACGAAAACACUAACAAUACCUCCGUCUUAUUGACUUGUUUCUUUGCACUUCUGAAAAAGUGAUAGAACAGAAGCCCAUGUGACAAUUAGAGACUGCUCUUUAUUUAUCAGAGGAGGGGGUGGCUGGUUUGUGACUUUAUUUUUUUCCCCAAAGCUGAAAACAUUUUUCCUUGGGCCUCCCUUAGUGACUUGGGAAAAAUGCAUUACCCUAUCUUCACCACAAAUUAGUAGGCUAAUAAGAUUUUAAAAAUGUACCCUUUGAUGUCUGAAAGUUAAAAGUUGAAGACAAAAUCCAUGCGAUCAAAAAAAGCCUUGUUUUUUUUCACUCUUGUUAUGCAUACUGUUUAGUUUGUUCAA